AUGGAUAAUCCUGCGGACGAGAAGACGGCGUCGGAAGGACAAUCCGCCAUGGAUCUGUCCACCGAAGAGAAAGGAUCAGAGGAACAGUCUCCCCCCGAGGUGAAAUCCAAGAAGCCGCUCUCCUUCCAUCUGGCCUUCGUGGGGCUGCUAUUCAUGGUGUUCAUCGUGUCGCUGGACACGACCACCCUGGCGGUGGCCAUCCCCAUUAUCGCCCGCGAUCUCGGAGGCACGACCCUGGAGUCCUUCUGGGCCAGCACCUGCUUUAUGCUGGCCGUGUCGGUCGUGCAGCCCCUGUACUUGAGCAGCUCGGACGUGCUGGGGCGGAAGAUCCCGCUGCACACCGCAUACUUUCUUUUCGUCGUCGGCUCGCUCGUCUUCGCCCUGGCCCCGAACAUGGCCACUGUUAUCGUCGGCCGCACCAUCCAAGGGCUCGGGGGCAGUGGCCUUGAUGUGCUGAACGAGAUCAUCACUGCUGACAUGACCACUAUGAAAGAGCGCCCCACGUAUCUCGGCCUACUGGCUAUCCCCAUGGCCGCCGGAGCCCUGCUCGGCCCUAUUGUCGGCUCACUCUUCACUCAGUACGUGACCUGGCGCUGGAUCGGCUGGAUCAACCUGCCUCUCAUCGGAGCCAGCUUCAUUCUCACUUUCUUCUUCCUGCGCCUGCGCCCUGUCGAUGGCACAUUCCUCCAGAAGCUCGGUCUUAUGGACCUGCUCGGGAUGGCCCUGUUCGUGGCCGGCUGCGCCGCCUUCGUCCUCCCGCUCAGCUGGGCCGGGGCUCUCUAUCCCUUAGGCUCCUGGCGGACCCUUCUCCCACUGAUCCUCGGCCUGGUCGUCCUGGCCCUCUUCGUCGUCUACGAGCGUGCCCCCGCGCAGCCUGUCCUGCCUUACCGGCUGUUCAAAUCCGCCACCGCCAUCACCACCUUUCUGGGUGGCUUUCUCCACGGCCUUGUCACCUACACCCUCAACACCUACCUCCCGCUCUUCUACCAAGCCGCCUUCUACGAAACCCCCCUGCACGCUUCCGUUACUCUGCUCCCCAUGAACGUCAUGUCCCUGUUCUUCAGCUGCGUCUCCCCAAUCUCCGUCAGUUACCUCCGCAAAUACCGCGUCAAUAUCUGGACGGGCUGGGUGUUCCUCACGGUCGGUACUGGACUCCUCCACAUCAUCACCCCCACCUCAUCCGUGCACUUGCGCACGGGUCUCCCCAUCGUGGUCUCCCUGGGAGUCGGCGUUCUCUUUACCGUCCUUGUCCUCCCGGUGCAAGCCAGCGUCGCCAGCGUGGACGACACGGGGUUUGCUGUCGGCUUGUUGGUCUUUUUCCGGUUACUGGGCGGGUUAGUCGGUCUAGCGAUCGGGUCGACAGUGUUUAGCAGUGUCUUUGCAAAGUCGAUCAAGGUGUUGGGGACCCUGCCUAGUAGCCUGGCCACGCUGGAGAAUAGUCAGGCCGCGGUAGGGUUUAUUCCUCAGUUGAGGGAUCUGAGGGGACAGGUGGGGAAGGAGGUCUUGGAUCAGGUGACAGGCGUAUAUAGCCAUUCGUUUCAUGUCAUUUGGAUUGUCCUGAUUGUCUUUGCGGGAAUGGGCCUGGUGGCGUCAUGUUUUACGAAGGAGGUGAGUAUGGAGAAGGAGGAGUUGGGCAGGCAGCGGUUUGAGGAGUAA